AUUACACGAAAUCCAUUAGUUUAAACUCAAACAAACUUCAAUGUGAAUUUAAAUAACUUCAGGGAUUUAGAUGGAUUUCGGUCAACUGUGGUAUACAUGAACAUACAUAGGAAAUGACGGUGUUUGUGAACAAAUGGAAUUUAACAACUAUUUUAUUAUUUUCGCUAUGUUCAAUUGUUGUAGCAAGCUGGAGUCCUUGGGGUGAUUAUACACAGUGUUCAAGGUCAUGUGGAGGUGGAGUCAAGUACAGAGAGAGAUUGUGUGUGGUGGACAGACUUGACAGGCCAGUUUGCAAGGGAAAGAAUCGAACAUACAAACUAUGUAAUACUCAGGACUGUGAUGGGGAUGUUGAGGAUUUCCGUGGGGAGCAGUGCCAGAAAUACAACUCUCAGCCACUAGAUGGCGCUUUUUAUAAAUGGAAGCCAUAUUAUGGACGGUGGACAGGAUGGGGUGACAUAUCUUCAAAUUUAUUUUUUAGUGAAAAUGGGGAGAGUUGUGAACUUCUGUGUUUUGCCAACGGUUUUCCGUUUUUCCGUAAAAUGGCUGACAAAGUUGUUGAUGGAACUCUAUGUAUGCAUGACAAAAAUAGAAUCUGUGUUGAUGGACAGUGUAAGACUAUUGGAUGUGACAAGAAGAUUGAUUCUCGUAGGGUUGUGGAUGUAUGUGGGAUAUGUGGGGGAGAUAACUCCACAUGUACUCAGACUGGAGAUGUCAAUGGUAUAUUUGCAGAGAUGCAGCUUCCCCCUGGCUAUUCAACCAUUGUAGAGAUACCAGCUGGUGCUACAGAUAUAUUUAUUAAGGAGAUGGCUGAAAACAAGAAUUCUAUAGUUUUCUGGGACAGUAUAGGAGAACAUUUUGCUAUUGAUAAAGAGACUCGUAGACAGCUACCAUCUGUUGUAUUAGCCGGUGCCCAGUUUUACUAUACGCCUGAAGAUAACCUGAAUACAUUUGGCCAGAUAAAAGCUGAUGGUCCUACACUGAGGCAAAUCACAGUUUAUGCUGUAAAUGAAGGGGAGGUCAAUCCAGGUAUACGUUACAGUUACAAGUUACCAAAAGUCGACUCAAAAUUCCAAAGUAAUACCUCACAAACAAGAACUGAAGAUGAAAACAUGAAAAUUACUGAAAUUGAAAAAACACUUAAAAAACCCAGCAAUAUACGUGUAAGCACUAGUCAUUUACCUAGUAGAAGAAAUUAUGGCCAAACAAAUGUACGGGUUGUAGACAGAAGACGCGGACCAGUGAAUAAUAAUGACUUUAGCAGAUAUAACAGGAAAAGAGAUAGCAGUAAUGAAAAUCAAAAGCAGUUUGUAUACCAGAAUGCAAUACAAGUACUAGGUGGUGCCAACUCAAUCACCAAUAAUGUAUAUGACAAAUCAGGAAAGGUACACUCCAAGAAUAACUCUGAAGAAGUGACAACAAAAACACCAACUGAAGCAACUACUGAUGGAGCGAUCGGUGAAGAGGGUUUUAGGUCUUACAUUGCUAAUGAAAUAAAAUACCGAACAAAUGAUAAUGGUGAAGACAGAAUGGAGUUAGAAAGCCGGGGACCGGGAACUAGUUCAGUGGAGUAUGGGAACCAGAGAUAUAUGUGGUCACAUGGUCAAUGGACAGAGUGCUCCAAUAAAUGUGGUGCAGGGUACCAGAGAAGAAUUGUAUCAUGUAUUGACAGAGAGAGGAGGGAAUCAGUGGAUCAAGAAUACUGUGACCUUGAACUUCGACCUUCAAACAGCAGACGGUGUAAUAAAGGAGACUGCCACUCUAUUCCUUCAUCCUCAUAUGUACGUUGGCAGGUUGGAAGUUGGGGUCCAUGUUCAAGGACAUGUGAGCUAGGUGACCAGGUGCAGGAAGUGUUCUGUGAAGCAGUCUAUAAUGACAGUUAUACUAAACCAGUUGAUGAUGAACAAUGUCUGAACCAGUAUCGCAUGAAACCGCAGUAUCGUAGGUCGUGUAACGAUGGUGUUCCGUGUUACACUAGUAGUCGUGAUCACAGUCGUGAUCAAGGAAGCAUGUGGAUGUUUUCAAAAUGGAGUCAGCUGCAGUGUGACGUUGUGGUGAUGGUGUACAGCAGAGGAAGAUGUCACUAUCAGAAGCUGGUUCGUGUUGGAGGUCGUCAGAUUUUAGAAUGUGCCAAGUUGCCAGAACAAUAUAAAGGGAACACGUAUAUUCUUGAAUGGAGAAAACAAGACCAGGCCAGUCCUAUUUAUAAACAAUACAGAUGGAAAUGGGAAUCCUUCAAAACAGACAAGCCAGAAAUAAACCCUAGCUUUGAUGGGCGUGUCCAAAUUCUUGAUGACACUUCAUUAGAGAUAAGACCAGUGGUUGAAAGUGACCGUGGGCAAUAUACAUGUACAUUAUUAGUACCACUGAGUCAAUCAAACAGCAGGAAAUUCACAAGUCAAGUCUACCUAGAUGUCCGAGGUUCGUUAAUUGGAAGAUAUAGACAAAAAGAAAACAUUGUAAUAACAGAGGAUGAUUCCAGUAACAGUAACAAUAGAGUAAAUCCUUCUUCUUCUUUAGAAACAUGUAAACAGCCAUCAUUGCAAGGAACAUGUAGAGAUUUCAAAGUAAAAUGGUAUUAUAACUCAGAGUCAGGAAUCUGUGAACGAUUUUGGUAUGGUGGUUGCGAUGGCAACGAUAACAGAUUUGACAACGAAAAUGACUGUAAACUGUCCUGUGUACGCAGUGUUACCCCUGUUACAGAAGAAGAUAUUUGUAAACAGCCCAGCGUGACAGGUAGAUGUCGGGCAAGACAUAUGCGAUGGUAUUAUAACAGUAACCGUAAAGAAUGUCUCCAGUUUGUAUAUGGUGGCUGUAAUGGAAAUGACAACAGGUUUCGAACCCGCAUUGACUGCGAGAGAAGAUGUUUAUCUGGCACUGAAGCUCUGGGUGACCAACAGAAUGAUUGUCGAAGGUCAAGGUUUGGGUGUUGUCCAGAUGGUGUAACAAUUGCUCGAGGAAAUAAUAAUGAAGGAUGUCCAAAUGCUUGCAAGGCUACUUUAUAUGGAUGCUGUGAUGAUGAUUUAACUGCUGCUCAAGGACCAAACCAAGAGGGUUGUGAUGAACUAGAAGGGUCUGGUAUUCCGUGUAACGAUACUGGUUACGGUUGUUGUCCAGAUGGUGUUACCGCGGCAACCGGACCUAAUGAAGAGGGCUGUGAUAUAUUUAUUGUCGACCCUCAACCAACGACAGACACCGAUGUUGAUAUAACUGUUGAUGGAUCUGAUAGGACAGGAACUGAUUUACCAGUUCAGUGUCAUCUUGCCAAGAACACUGGUCCAUGCAAAGAAUAUACAGUCAUGUGGUACUUUAACAUGCGUGAAAACAAAUGCGAUAGAUUCUGGUUCGGUGGUUGCGAGGGCAACACUAAUCGGUUUAAAACUGCAAAGGAAUGUGCAACGGCGUGUCAAAACGUCGUCGUAGUAAGAGAAUCUCGACUCCCUGUGUGCGAGCAGGCAAAGGAGAUUGGGCCAUGCCGUGCAGCACUUCCUCGUUGGUUUUACAACUCUAGGACAAGGGCUUGUGAACAGUUUUUCUAUGGUGGUUGCCAGGGUAAUGACAAUAACUUUGAAAGACAGGAAGAGUGUGAGAACAGAUGCGGUGUUGUUAGAGAAAGACCACUAACAGCGAAGGAAGUCUGCGCUCAACCACAAUCUACCGGACCUUGCCGGGCUUCAAUCCCUCGUUAUUAUUACAAUGUUGAGACGAAACGUUGUGAAGAGUUCACUUACGGUGGUUGUGGUGGCAAUAGAAACAACUUUGAGACCGAGAUUUUGUGCCGUCAGUACUGCCGUGCCGAGGUAGCUACAACCACAAACACCAGGACUGACACCAGAACUAGACAACCGGUAUGCGAGCUUACACCAGAUGUAGGACCGUGCAGACGUAUGAUGACCAAAUACGCAUACAACAUGACCACGAUGAAAUGUGAACCCUUCACAUAUGGUGGUUGCCUUGGUAACCACAACAACUUUGAAACAGAAGACAAAUGUAUCUCCUAUUGUAGUCUACGAGCUGGUAGAGACAGGACAGAUGACUGUCAGUUGAGCCAGGAGGCGGGUCCAUGUCGUGGCAAUAUGCGACGUUACUACUAUGACGCUACUCAAGGUCGUUGCUUCCCAUUCUCCUAUGGUGGUUGUCAAGGUAACCGUAACAACUUUGCUGAUGACACUACCUGUAUGGAAGCUUGCCGAGAGGUUAGAGUUGAGCGACCUGUUACAAGAUACCCAUCCAGAGUGAAACCUGGUUACUGUCCACUCGUUGAAGACGGAACCGCCUCAACAUGUCAGAAUGAAUGCUCUCAGGACUAUGAGUGCCAGGAUUCAAGAAAAUGUUGUAAAAAUUCCUGUGGGGGAGGAGUCUGUAACUCACCAUUGGCAGAGGAACCACGCCCAAGAGUAGUAUCAGAUGUUUGUACUCUCCCUCUCCGAACACCAUGUACAAAGAGAGGUAGCGGUCCAUACUGGUAUUAUGAGAAGUCAAGUGGACAAUGUAAGGCAGUACCAAAUGGUGAAUGUAACAACAACCAGAACAAUUUCAACAGCCAAUCAGAAUGUGAGGCUUACUGCGGCAGAGAGAGGGUGUGUAGACCACUUACAUAUGAAUCUGAUAUUCGUUGUUUGGCAUACAUGGAAAACUGGACCUACAAUGCUGAAACUGGUAUUUGUGAGAUGUUUGUUUACGGAGGAUGUGGUGGAUCAGCCAACAACUUUGUCUCUGAGGAAUCGUGUAAUCGUAAAUGUGGAGUCGUUACACCAGUGACCAAAGCUCCUGAACCUGCGUCUGCUGGAGAAAUUUGUGCAAUGGCGGAGGACAGUGGAAACUGCUUGGCGUACAUUAGAAACUGGAGAUACGACAGUCUAACUGGCAAGUGUGUGGAAUUUACAUACGGCGGAUGUGGUGGUAAUGCAAAUAAUUUCCAGUCCCAACAGGAGUGUGAGGCCUUCUGUACAAGAAAUGUUGUAUGUCAGAAGAACGAGGAUCCUGAGAUAGGUUGUCUAGCAUACAUGCCCCGCUGGAGAUACGAACCUUCGACCAGAGCUUGUGAAAACUUUAUUUAUGGAGGUUGUGGAGGUAAUGCAAACAAUUUUGAAACAUCAGAAGCUUGUGAAGGGAAGUGUGUGGCACGAGAACCAAGAAAGGAAGAUAACAGAGAAAACAAUAAUAGAGUAUCGUCAUGGAGAGAAAUCUGUAAGUUACAAGCAGAUGUUGGACCUUGUAAACAGUAUAUCAAGAAAUGGCAUUAUAACAGUGUAAGUCAAGACUGUGAAGAGUUCACUUAUGGAGGUUGUCUUGGUAACCAUAACAACUUUGAGAGCAAGGACCAAUGUAAGAUGUACUGUGACUCAUCUAGAUGGUAUAAUCGUGAACGUGUCACCACUGAGAGACCAGACGAAACUAUUGAAGAAUCAAGCGGAGAAAUACCUGUUGCAACUGGUGUUGAUGUGUGCCACAUGGAGAGUCAUACUGGACGGUGCCGUGCAUAUAUCAGAGCUUGGUACUAUGACUACCUGAACGGAGAAUGUAAACAGUUUAUUUACGGAGGUUGUGAUACUAAUGGUAACAAGUUCGAUACCCAGGAGGCUUGUGAAGCCAGAUGCAGCCCUAGACAGAUAUGUCUGCAACCAAAGCAGGUUGGUAACUGUAUGGCGUCCACGAGGAGGUUCUACUUUGACUACAGUGCCCAAGGGUGUAGGGAAUUUGUGUACGGAGGUUGCGAUGGUAACGCUAACAGUUUCGAGACCAAAGAAGCCUGCGAGGGACGUUGUGAUUCUCUAAUAACAGAUAGAAAUAUUCCAGUUUAUAACAAAAGAGGCACAUGUCCGUCUUUCCGAGGUCUAAGCCGAGAUCGUCGCUGUAUAGAACAGUGCCGUUCUGACAGAGAUUGUCGGGGCAGAAAAAAAUGCUGUCUAGUUGCAUGUAGCCGUGUAUGUGUAGAACCUAGAGUACAGGAGUACACACGUCCGGCUGUAGUAAAGUCUGGGGAUUGCCCAGCAAGGACAGACAAGGAGGGUUUACUUGGUGCUUGUGCCCCAACUUGCCGAGAUGAUUCAAGCUGUUCAGGCAACCAGAAAUGUUGCUAUCAUGGCUGUGGUCUGCGAUGUGUCGACCCAGUUGGACUGGUUGUAGUAAAGUCUGGGGAUUGCCCAGCAAGGACAGACAAGGAGGGUUUACUUGGUGCUUGUGCCCCAACUUGCCGAGAUGAUUCAAGCUGUUCAGGCAACCAGAAAUGUUGCUAUCAUGGCUGUGGUCUGCGAUGUGUCGACCCAGUUGGUCCGGGUGUUGCAAAGUCUGGAUUUUGCCCAGCAAGGACUGACAGGCAGGGUUUACUUGGUGCUUGCGCCCCAACUUGCCGAGAUGAUUCAAGCUGUUCAGGCAACCAGAAAUGUUGCCAUCAUGGCUGUGGUCUACGAUGUGUCGACCCAGUUGCUGAGGAGCCAUACCAAAUGAAUGCACCUGAAAAUGUCCAGGGGUCCACUUUAUCAAGUACGACAAUCAUCGUCACAUGGAAAGAUCCUUCCUUGGGACCUGACCAGCGUAUCAGAGAUAAUAGAUACUACACUAUCCGUUACUUUAGUUACGGCUCUGGACAAAACGCAUAUUUAAACACUACAGAUUUAAGAGGGUAUCUGGACGGGCUCAGACCUGGCACAGAAUACCAUUUUGCUGUGCGUGUCAAUGAUCCGCCAUACCUGAGUGAGUGGAGCGAGAUUGCUAGAAACACAACCACACAACUUGUUGUUGCGAAAACCGGUGAAUGUCCGGUGAUUGACUCGGACACGUUCGGAAUCUGUCUGGAGGAAUGUCAGAAUGAUGCUGAUUGUACCGGAGUUCAGAAAUGUUGUAAUAAUGGAUGUGGACAAACCUGCGUUAGCCCUCUAGGGUAUGAUGUGUGUAGCCUACCAAAGGAUCCAGGAAGUUGUUCAGACUGGGAGGUUCGUUGGUUCUUUAACACAGAGUUACAGAGAUGUGAUCGUUUCUGGUACGGAGGCUGUAAUGAGGGAAAUGGUAACAAUUUCGUGGAUGAUAAAGAAUGUCAGAGACAAUGUACAGAAACACAAAUCACAACACCACCUCCACAGACAGAGAGGCCAGCAUAUGAUUGCAGACGUUCAGUAUAUCAGUGUUGUUUAGAUGGUUACACUCCCCGACGAGAUGCUCAAGGAACUAAUUGUCCAGAAUAUGACAGAAGACCAGAAGGUGAAACAGUUGUACCAGCCAUUCCAGGUCAGAGCGUAACAUUGUCAUGUCGCUAUGGUAACAAUGUCACAUGGUAUAGAGAAGGAAAAUUGGUAGAGUCAAACAGCAGACGUCGAGUGAACCCUGAUGGUACUAUUGAGGUAUUUUCUGCCACCAUUGAGGACGAUGGCAUGUAUGCCUGUCACGUUGGUUCUCCAAGUCGUCCUACAAUAUAUCAGUAUAUGUUACAAGUUAGAGUACCAAUUGGUAUCUUGCCUGGUCCAGAUAAGAUAAUGGUAAAACCCAACCGUCAGGCUUUCUUACAUUGUGAAGUAUAUGGUAACCCAAAACCUUCCGUUAGCUGGCAGAAAUCAUCUCAGUCUGAUAUCAGAACCGGUGGCCGGUACGAAACCUUCAGUAACGGUACCCUGCUCAUACGCCAGGCCUCGGAAGCAGACAUAGAUAGUUAUACUUGCACUGCUGAUAAUGGUGUUUCCACACCUGUACAGAAAACAAUCAAACUUGAACUCAGAGAAAUGUUAGUGGCUAGAAUUGAAAAUGACAAUGGGCGUGUAAUGGAAGGUGGGCGUAUAAAACUUACAUGUGAGGGGCGUGGCUACCCAACUCCCACAAUUACAUGGGAGAAGAUGGGACGUCCCCUUCAGACAGGUGGUAAUGUGUUCAUAAGUAGUGAUGGCCAGUUAACAAUCAGGGAUGUGUCAACUAGAGAUACAGGGUCAUACUCGUGCAUUGUCGCAAAUUCCGAGGAAAAGAUCGAAACCUCUACAUCUGUACAAGUUGUACCUAAAGUAAUGCCAGAUGAUAAGUGUGAAGAUAAGACCUCACUGAUGAAAUGUCGCCUGAUUGUCACGGCACGUCUGUGUGGUUAUACCAUGUACUCUAAGAUCUGCUGCUCUAGUUGCAGACGACACUUUAAUGGAGAAUAACUCUCAAAGACUUAUGAUUACUAAUUUUUGGUUUAUUUUUACACAACAAAGAUAAAUUAUGUAAUACUCCUAUAAGCUGUAUACCAAACUAUUAUUUAUGAUCAGUUAGAUGUAUAGUACUACUUUAGCGUUUAUUGUACCAUGUUUAUAGAACAUGUCCGUAUUAUAAACGUUCAUUACAUAAAAAAAUGAGGCAUUCUUGUUUUGUCAUAAGGUUGUAUUGUAGAAAAUAAAGGGAAGUAAAUGUGCAGCAGACAGAAAAAAAUGUGCUUAUUACAGAAAUAAAAGCAACAAAUAAAAAGUUUAGUGACUAUGGACAAAUUAAAACAUCAACAUUUGUUGUUGUUUUUUUGUCUUAAGUGGAAUUUAAACAUUUUUUAACAAUGUUUGUGCUGUUUUAUUUUUUUCACAGAAUGUAUAUUUACGAACAAAAUCACAAUUUAGUGCUACCCCAGACAUUAGUGGAUAACUUGUACAGAAACUAUUUUAACGUAGCUUUUUAUUUUUUUUCAUUUGUUUCAUUAUUGACCAUUUUUGAGACUUCACUUUGUUGUUUUUGAAUAAAGUUAAGAAUUUUAUUUUGUUUUCAAAGGUGCUAAAUACUGAUCUCUUAGAACAAGGAAAUAACAAACUUUUAUCUUUAGGAAUUUCUUGAAUGUUUGUAAAACUCAUGACUAAAUCUGAAACCAGAAAUUGAUUAGAGAUUAACUAAUGACCUCUUAGCACUUACUAAUAGAACUUAGAAACACAGGGAGUUAAAAAUGAUAAUCAUCCCUGCGGAAACAUUUUAGUCAGUAUUCAUUACAUUCAUUUUCACAACAAUUUUUUGUUUUGUUUUUUUGUUUUCAAGUUUAUAUGGAUUAGUGGCAAAAGGCAUGUCUUCAAAUCCAUGUUGGAUGCAGACAAGUUCCUUUUUCCUUUAAUUCCAUUAAAUUAUAUAUUUCAUUACGUUUAGUAGGAUUUUUUUUUUUUUUUUUAAUUUUUAUUUUCCUCUAAAAUAGUCAUAAUGUUUAAUUUUUCUAUGCAUUUAUUAUUGUGUAAUAUUGUCAUGUAUAUAAUAAUAUAUAGAUUAGAUGUUUUAUACUGUUUAAAAGUCGCUGUGAACUCUGAUAUUGUACUGAAUGUGUUGUCCAUGUUCCCAUUUUUGUACUUUUAUGUAUAUUUUAAUACAGCGCUUUUUUUAUGACUUAUAUUAACAUUGAGGGUUUAUUGAGCUCCACAGAGUGGUGAAACAUUUUAAUAAUAUGAACAUUUGUUCAAUAUUACAAGGAACAAAUUGACCAAAAUAUAAUGUGAAAAAAUUAAUAUAAAGCUGUAACCAAAAUGGUAAUUAAAGAAUUAAAUGUAUGCUUGAAUUGUAUAUCCAUACAACUUUGUUUCAAUGGACUUUUAUGUCAAGAAUAAUACCUCUGUAUAAAGUUCAUUGCACUUCUUUUAAUACAACAAAGUUUGCCUUUAUAAGGAAGUCACUUUUCUUUGAGAUUAUUUUGCAAAGGGCUUGAGCCAUCAAAGGGAAGUAAGCGGGUAUAUACUAUGUAACUAUUGAUAACCUAAAUAUUCAGGUUUGGGGAAAUCCCUCAGAAUAGCGAUUUAUUCAAUGACAUAAUGACUCAGGGAUUUUGUUAAAUGUGGGAAUUUGUCAUAAGUAAACCAGUAGUGGCCCACUGUAAAAAAAUUGUUAAAAGUCAAUAAAAAUGGGUUUAGAAAAUUUUUAAUUAUAGAAAAGACAUUAAAAUACAUCGCUGUAUUGAAGCUUUCUAUAAAAAGCAUCAUUUCUUUUUGCUACAAAUGCAGCCAGUGAUUAUAUCUAACUGACAAGUCUGCAAAGUUAGAGAGACAGUGAUUCGCUAAAAAUUCCUGAUAUUGGGCUUUCUUGUAUAAAAGUUACAUUUUGUACACAAGUAUUCCAAUCUGCUCUUUUUGCAUUUCAUAUAAUUCUUUUACAGGAUAAUGUUUAUAUUUUGCUUUAUUGCUUAAAAAUGCCUAAUGCUAAAUGUGUAAGUCAAACACAGGACUAUGUAUGUGUGUAAUGUAAAAUAUGUGUACACAGCACUGUACAUGUUCAUGUUGUGUUAACAUUACAUAAGUGUAAGCAUCACUGUAUGUGCAUAUGUUACAUGUAUAUAAAGUGUGUUUCACUACAUACAACCUGAGCUUCACACAUGUGAGUACACGGCACUAAAAAGUACAUGUAUCUUCUUUUUUUUUGCUUUUUAUUACUAAUCUUGUUAUAUUUUUUUCUAACACUCAUUCGCUCCAUUAUUUGUGAUAUGCUGGGAUAGGUACAUACACUGUUUGUCUGUCUGUCUUUAAACAUUGUGUUUUUCAAUCACAGCCGACUACUACAUGUUUAUGAUUUUGCAGUUUUAAAGUUACUGUGGAUGUAGACGUCACAAAUUUGAAUCAAAUUUUGCAGCAGAUAUUGACAUAUACAUUUAUACCAUAACACAUUUUAUAUUAUAACCUGAUAAGAGUUUGACAUGUCAAAAUGAAAAGGCAGAAAUAAUAAAUUACCAAAUGGAUUCUAUUAUAAUUAUGUGAAACCUUACAGAAAAAAUAAAAAUAAAUAAUGGCAGUAAACAGUGUAUGUUCUUACCAUAGACUAACUGAAACAUUCCAAAUGGGGUAAAAGUGUUUUUUCAUUUUGACAUAACUUGUGAAAGCAAACCGAAGUCUUGCAAGCAUAUUUUUCUUUAUUGUUUUGUCAGAGUGUUGUUGCAUGCAUGGACAAGCUGGUAUGAAUGCCUAUUAAAUGUUAUGAAAUCCAUGUAAAUUGUUCCUCAUUUCUGCUUCAUAAACAAAAUUUCUUCAAAUUUUGACAUCAAGAUUUAUUGUCUGCAUAAUUCUGCCUUUGUUUUACAUACAUGACUGCUUAAGAGCCGCGUCACGACAAAACCAACAUAAUGGGUUUGGGACCAGCAUGGAUCCAGACCAGCCUGCGCAUCCGCGCAGUCUGAUUAGGAUCCAUGCUGUUCGCUUACAAACCCUAUAACACGUAGAGAAAUGAUAGCGAACAGCAUGGAUCCUGAUCAGACUGUGCGGAUGCGCAGGCUGGUCUGGAUCCAUGCUGGUCGCAAACCAAUGAUGUUGGUUUUGUCGUGACAUGGCUCAUAUAUUAUAUACUAUUUCUGUAUUUUUGGCUUGAACAGCAAAAUAAAAAGUUUCAAGUAACCUCAAAUGAUUUACAUGUGACUUACUUUAUAAUCAAAAUUAACUUUUCAAUGAUAAUUCUAGAUUUUCUUUCCUCUAUAAUGAAAAUCAGAAAGGAAAAAACCCUACUUCAUUUGGCACCUAUGAUAAUAAAGCCAUUUUUUAGCCCAGCCUUUUCAGCAUUUAAUUUGCUUUCAAAAUAUUGUUUUCAUGACAAAGUGAUCUGAAAGAAAACAUUACAUUGUACUUGAAAAUUACAUACUAAUUACAUGGUUUAUGGUGUUUUAUUUCAAAUACAAAAAUUUUAUGUGAAAUAUUGUGUUUCCAUGUUGACUUUAGCUUAUUGCAGUGAGGCAGAAAUGUUAAUAUAGCACAAUAAGGCCAGUCAGCUAUGUUUAUAUUAUUGUAUGUACCAUCUCCCCCUUUUGUGUAAUAAACAAGUCCUACACUCUA